AUGAGGGGUUUGCAGUUUUCCUUGAACAAAGGCCAGAAGCUAAGGCUCGAGAGGGCGUUGGAGCAGCUGGAAUCUCUCUCCUCCAAGGCCAACUCCGACGCCUCCGUCAUAGUCGCCGACGACAUCUCCGUCAACUACGAAGACGCCAUCCUCAAGGGCCAUGGGACGGGGGAGCUGGACGGCCGCGUGGUGGCGACGCUCUGUGGAGUGGUGGAGCGCGUGAAUAAGCUCGUCUAUGUCAGAGCUUUGAGGGCUAGGUACAAGCCUGAGAUUGGAGAUAUCAUAAUCGGCCGUGUUAUCGAGGUUGCGCCAAAACGCUGGAGACUAGAAAUCAACUUCAGCCAGGAUGCAGUGUUGAUGCUUUCUUCUAUGAACUUGCCAGAUGGUAUACAGAGACGAAGAACUGCCGUUGAUGAACUCAACAUGCGUAGCAUAUUUGAAGAAAAUGAUGUUAUCUGUGCUGAAGUCCGUGGUUUCCAGCACGAUGGCUGUCUACACCUUCAAGCGAGAAGCCAAAAGUACGGAAAGCUCAAAAGAGGCCAACUACUCACGAUCCCACCGUACCUCGUCAAGAAACGCAAACAGCAUUUCCACCAUCUCGACCAAUUCGGGAUCGACUUGAUACUCGGCUGCAACGGGUUCAUCUGGGUCGGUCAACACGUCGAGUCCCGUGAUGACAUGGCAGAGGACUCACCCAAAAAUUCCGAGCAACAAAUUCAGAAAUCGACAAACGAACUACAAGAUGAAGAGACAUACACGCCACUCGACACUCGGAGCAACAUAUGCCGAGCUGCCAAUGCCGUUCGGGUCCUUUCCAUGCUAGGGUUCAUGGUCACAGUUGAAGUUAUUACAGAGAUUGUGAAUCUGAGUAUCUCUUUGAAUCUGGACGUGCAUGAAAUGCUCGGGCCCGAGUUUUACGUGACUGUUGCGGAGAAAGAGGCGAAUCGUCGAGGUUCGUCGGGGAAAAGGAGAUGA